AGAGCCACACUUGAGAGAGGGAGACAGAGCUACAUGGGAACCUAUUAGAUAACCAAUUCACCUGUCAGCAGCCUAACAGGGGGAGAGAGUAAGCGAGAGAGAGAGCGAAGGGAAGAGAGAGAGAGUGUUCUUGCAAUGGUGGACACACAGGGAUUCCAUUCAAACCCAGCCCUGCAAGUGACAGAUAUGGCGUACAGGAAGGUACGUGCUGGCCACGGUCCUCUCCAUGUGCGAGAUCUGGAGAGUGAGGAUCUGCAUGCAGCUUCUAUAGAAUUGGAAUGGGACAUGGAGAAGGAACUGGAGGAACCAGGUUUGGACCGCUUCCAGCUGGAGUGUGUGGAGCAUCAGCCUGAGAGCAGCUCUUCUGGUGGGGGCAUGGACCCAGAUCUCGAACCCAUUCAACCCUCUGUCUCCCCCCAUGGACGUUUUGAACGUCUUCAGGAGGACCCUAAUUACAUCUCUCGUUUUAGCCGAUCGGUACCCAAAGGUCAGAGGCGGAGUUGGACCUGCCUGGCCAAAUAUCUGCUAGCAGGGGUGGCUGUGUUUGUUCUGGGGCUGCUCAUUGGACGAUACUCCUUCAGCAGGGAGCAAAGGAGGGUAGAGCCAAUCGCAGACACAGACGUGCUGAAGAAGAUAGUUCAGGGAAUCACAGCAGAAAAGAUCCAAGCCCUGGAGAGGGACUUUGACAGCUUGUCUGAUCUCAGUGAGGAAUCCAAGGUGAGGAACAUUGCUCAGCGGUGGGAGGAGCUUGGAUUAAAAGAUGUCCAGGUGACCAAUCACUCAGCUCUUCUGAGCUAUCCAGGACCCACCCACAGCACAAUCGUCGAUAAGAUCAGUAACCAGUGUUAUCUGCCUAGCGGAGCAAGGUGUGACCAACCAUCCACAACCACAACUGAACCAUUUGCCUUUGCAGCCUACUCUGCUGUGGGAAAUAUGGAAGCAGAAGUGGUAGAUGUUCAGUAUGGAAGCCAAGAGGAUUUGAGACGUGUCCAAACUAGUACAAAUGUCACCAGCAAAAUAGCACUACUGAAGCUUGGACAAGCACCUUUACUAUACAAGCUCUCUCUUCUGGCAGAGAUGGGGUUUGGUGGCUCUCUUUUGUAUGUGGAUCCCUGUGACGGUCCAUUUGGGAAUAACACUUUUGGUGUGACUCUGAACCCAGGUGGGAACCCGUCUUCUCAAGGACACCCCAGGAGCGCUGGGAGAGACAUUCGCCACAACCUGACAUCAUUGCUGGUUCAGCCCAUCUCUGCCUCCUUAGCGAAAGUACUGCUGUCUGCCCCUGCCAUGGGGCAGGGUAAACCCUGUGUCCCUAUGGCCAUGCCCUAUGUCUCAGCAAGAAAAAUCAUAAAUCUCACAGUUGAAAACCAGGCAUCCUUCAAGACGGUGCACAAUGUUAUCGGAUAUCUGAAAGGCAAGACCAAUCCAGAUCGAUAUGUUCUGGUUGGCAGUCGUCAUGGUAGCUGGUACAAAGGUGCGUUGGCUGACUGGGCGAACGGCUCUGCAGUCAUGACUCAGAUCAUCGCCUCCAUGACGGCUCAGACCCGUGUAGGCUGGAAGCCCGACCGUACCAUCAUCUUCUGCUCAUGGGGGGGAACGUCACUGGGCAACAUCGGCUCCAUUGAAUGGGGGAAGGAGAAUGCAGUGGUACUUCAAAGCAGUGCAGUGGCUUAUGUCAGCCUCCACAGGCCAGUCAGAUCAUCUGGGUCCCUGCAGUCCACAGCAUCACCUUCACUUCUGCAACUGGCCUCUGACAUCCAAAAGAGACACUUGAGUUGCAGUAGAGGUGGUGGUUGUCCUGGCCCAAAUGUGAACUCACUGCAGACACCUGGAGAUGCUGACUUCUUCUCCAACCAGCUUGCUGUUCCAAUUGUGGAGUUCACAUACGCAGAAUUUCCAAAGACAGAGAGAGUGUAUUUCCUCUCAGAGGCCUUUUUCCCUCCUGUGUCUUCAUUAAGAGCAACCUUGGAUCCAGCCUUCAAACUCCAUGAGACUAUUGCCAAGAUAACAGCUGAGGCCAUCCUGCGGCUCGCUACUGACCCUGUUCUUCCAUUUUACCCUUUGGAUAUUGCUUUAGAUGUUCAGAACAAACUCAAAGAUGACCCGUUGAGCAGACCAGACGUACUAACCGCUGCUGCGUCUUUUAGGGACAGCUCAGCCUUCUUUCAAUCCGAGCUCAUGCGUCCUGCUAAUGACCCUAAAGAGAGAGAUCCUGCCCAUGUUCGCAUGCUCAACGAUGUUCUCCGAGAUCUAGAAAAAAGCUUUCUCAUCUCUAACCCACCACCUGGCUUUUACAGGAAUAUUCUCUACACCUUGAGCAGAGAAACUCCACGCUUCUCUAUCCUAAAGGACGGCCAAGAGGUACCCCGACACAACAGUGUCAGCCUGUCCCUGACACUCAUAUGCAGUGCAAUCAGUUCAGCUGAGAAACUUGUCCAAAGUGGACUUGACCUGUUUGAGAAUGACAAUGACAUCCCACAAUGACAUCAUGAUAAAGAUCUAACCUCAAGGUGUCUCAGUAUGGCACAUCUUCAGGGAUCAUCUGGCAACAUAGGAGGUUGAGAAUCUGAAGACACUAGAAAAAUAGGACAUCUUAGAAUUAAGUGCAAUAUUAACCUGAGGUAUCGGAAGGUUCUUUCGUCAGUCAAAUGCUAAUUCGUUCUUUUUGUCCCUCCAAUCGUGUUCCGGCUCUGCAUUUGUGGUUUCUAUAAUGGCUCCUUACACCGGGCUAGAAAGAUACAGUAUAUGAGAAAAGAGUGAGGGAGCUACAUGCUAUAACUUGCUGAGUCAAGACAUUCUGUUCAGGGGGAAAACACCAGCAGGUUUAUCACUAUCUUUGUCAUAUAAACCCCAGAGCAUUAUUGGAUUAUGGGACUUGAAACAGAAAGUUUGAAAUAUCCUUAGAAUACAAUUGAUAUGCUUAAUACUGAGGGUAGUAAAAACAAAAAGAGUUCAGCCACUUGGUCUUCCUGGACUUGCACUCAACUUGGAUUCUGACUUCCUAAUACAAAUAUCACUGAAAGCUGAUUGUGAGUCAAUAGAAAGAUAUCAGAAAUUAGUGAUCAUUUAAGAAAGCACCAACUGCUGCAUGUGAAACUGUGCAUCUCUCAGGGGCUUGUAUUGUAGAAAUUUGUAAAAUAAUAGAAAUGCAAAGAAAUGCUUGUUUCAGUGUUCCAAAUAUGUUUGUACAUUUUAUUCAGUCUUUAAAUAGGUAGUCAAAGUUUAACUAAUAACAAUACUAAGAAAGCUUCAGUCAACAAAACAAGAUUUCAGGGUAAUCAUUGUUCUGCUAAUAAGAAAAAAACAGUAGAGUAUAACAAGCUAUGUGAUAUAGUCAUAGAUCGGGGUAAGGUUUUUAGUUUAUAGAUCAUGAAUCAAAUGUGAGUGUGAAUGUGAAUGAAGAUAAAUCUUGAUAAAUUUUGAAGAAGAGUCUGACGGGUCUGCUGUUCCGAUUGGGUGACAUUCCACCAAUGAGAAAUGGCACUGGCUGCAAUGCAGGCAAAAAACAAUGUCUCCAAAUUGAUUCUGGCAACCAGUGUGUUUGUUCUCUGCAUUUGCACUAGCUGUUUCUUUGGUGAUGUCUUUUUUGGGGAAAAUUAGGGUCUUGAGAGUUGCAAUUAAUAACUUCACUUUUACUUUAGAUACAUGAUACUUUUAGAUGUCUGCCUUUAAAUAUGAAAAAAAAAACACAAAAAAAACAGCUUAAUUAGAAACACAAGAUUCAGGGAGUCUAGCUUGACUAAGCUUUAAUUUAUGUACGUGCCUUUGAGUGAGUCAUACUGUACAUGCUUUUCGAUCAGCCAUUUGCACUCCAAGAUUCAAAUACCAAACAUUUACCAAAACAUGUUGUAUUGUAGUAUUUAUUUAAUAUGUCAUUUGUGGAGCUGUUUGAAAGGUCUGCAAAGCUUUGAAAACCUUUUGUUGAAGGGUUGUUUAACAGUUUUUUAGAUCUGUUUUGUUAUGAUAAAUAUUAUUUUGUAUUGUUUUUCACCUGUUUAGUAAGCCCCCCUUACACAAUUUGCCUAGAGAAUUGUCUAAGACUACAAACACAAUGUUGCAUUUCUGGAGCACCAUUUCAAAUUGUGCAUUAUUUCUGUAGUUAACAGAGUCUGAUUUUCCUUAUUUAUUGUGACAAACUGUAUUAAACAGCUAGCUUACUACACUAAGCCUUACCUACAAGAGUCCUCCUUUGCAUUGCACUAAAAGUAACUGAUAAACUGUCAUCCUGUAUGUGUGUUUUACUUAGUGCUAUUGUAUUUAUUUAUUUUAUUUCCCAAAUAAUAUAAACGUCAAUACUGAUAAUUAACCUGCCUUUUUUCACCCUAGAUAAUUUUCAGGCUCAGUCUACAUUUAUAUUUUACAGCAUUUGUAUGAAUUUUAUAUAAUGUGAAAUAUCUUCAAACUGCAGCUGCAAGUUGCAUGAGAGGUUUUGUACUUAGGUUAGGGUAGAGAGGGUUGUUUUAUUUAGAUUUAGAAUAAUAUUCUCUCUUAUGGUCUGAAUAAUUGCUUGGUAACUGAAAUUGCUCAUACAUUUGAUUCUCAUAAAUCACUUUAAAUAAAUAUAUGAUUACAAAAAUUCUGUUUAUCCCAGAACUGUUGUGGUACUGUCAUCCCUUUAUGCUGAAAUAGUAAAUGCAGUGCAUGUUAAAAGGAUUCUUUUCUAUGGCAUGUCAAAAGCUUGUGAAACUCACUAAAUGACAUUUAAGUACGUCCAACGUUGUUCAGUAAAUUACAUUGUUUUGCCUCAAUGGAAUACAGAUGUUGAAUGCAGACAUUCUUUUAAACCCAGUGGGGCAUUAAAUAUAAUUGCUUUAUCUUUAGUUUGAUGUUUUGUGGACUCACAUGUGUCAGAAAGCAGCUAAUAGAUGGACAGUAUGAACACAUUGUGGCUGUUUAAAUUGAUUGAAGGUUUUAUUUACAGUGUGCUGGAAUGUCAUGUUAAUUCAAAAUGCACUAAAGUGGAAUAAGGGUAGAGCACAUUCAAAUGCAUGUGUGCUUUUUUAUUAUUAUUUUUUUGUCUGUUGAAUGUGUGUCAUUUAAGACAAACCAAUCCUAAGGCAAU